GCACUUAGGAAGAGUGAGGCAUAAAAGGAUGACAGCUGGGCUGAUGACCAUCAAGGUUGCUUGUUCCUGAGUCAAAGAUGCAUGCUCCCAAUUUGGAUCCAUCCCUCUGAAGUCACCUGAGCUGAUCCCAUCUUCCAUCACUGUCCCAUCUCUACUUUUACUGUCCUGCCGUUCUCUAUUCUUCUUAUUCUGUCCCCAGCAUUCCUUACAGAUAGAAAGCGAGGCGAAAGCAGGCUGUCAAGUUAGACAAUAUAUCCCUGUUAUUUAUUUGGUUUCAGCAGGACUACAUGCAGCAGGGAGAAAACAGUCAAAGUGACCCAGAAAAGAUGGGCCCCAGUUCAAAUCCUGCAGCUAGUGGAGGGUCAGAAGGUUCACAGGGUCCAAGGUUGAGGAGGGCCUCAUCUCUGUCUGUACAUCCUUCUUUGAAUAAGAUGAGCCAAAAUGCCAAGGAGAGCAUGGGGGUUCUUGGUCAGGGCUUGAAACAACUAUUCCAAAAUCAGCUUAAACGCCUUUCCCUCUCUCGCUCCACCAUCCCCUCAUCAUCCUCCUCCUCAUCCUCCUCGGUGGUGUCAGCAGGCGGCACCUCCCCCUCUACUCCUCAGGACAUUUUGGGGUCCUGCACUUCUGACUCUGAUCGCCUGUAUGCUCCUGUGAUUUCUUCUGCAGCUGGACAGGGCUCAGCCGCUGCAGCCAUGAUUAGGCGUGGGACCAGCCAGCAGAGCCAGCGGAGCAAAAGGUCGGGGUCUGGGAGCGGAGACCGCGACCCCCUUCUGAGAAGUAGCCCUCAGCCUCCGCAGCGGCGCAACACCCACGACCCACAGCAGCACAAGCACAUUAGCCGCCCACGCUCCUCAUCCACCACUGACACCACGCCCACCAGCCCUGCACCUGCACACACUGUUGGGGAUGUGGUGCUGACGUCUGGAUACCAGUCUACAGAGGAGACGGAGAGAAUUGACCGGUUGGAGGUGAGCGGGUUGGGCCAAACGCCCCUCGCUGUUUCAUAUGGGGUGGACAGCUCCUUCCCUUCGGGUGAAGAUGGCACCCCUGACCCUCAGCGCACCAAACAGGCUAUCGCUCAGCUGCAGCAGAAGAUCCUCAAGCUCACAGAGCAGAUUAAGAUCGAGCAAACAGCAAGAGACGAUAAUGUUGCAGAAUACCUAAAACUAGCUAACAACGCUGACAAACAGCAAAGCACGCGUAUCAAGCAGGUGUUUGAGAAAAAGAACCAGAAGUCGGCGCAGACCAUCCAGCAGCUGCAGAGGAAGCUCGAGCACUACCACCGGAAGCUAAGGGAAGUGGAGCACAACGGAAUCCCUCGCCAACCCAAGGAUGUUCUGCGGGACAUGCAGCAGGGCCUCAAGGAUGUCGGUGCUAAAGUCAGCGGCUUUAGCGAGGGCGUGGUGGACAGCGUGAAGGGCGGUCUGUCCAGCUUCUCCCAGGCCACCCACUCUGCUGCAGGAGCAGUCGUCUCCAAGCCUCGGGAGAUCGCCUCGCUCAUUCGCAACAAAUUCGGUAGUGCAGACAACAUCCCCAACCUCAAAGACUCGCUGGAUGACCCCUCGGUGGAAGAAGGUGUAACGGGUGGGUGCGGACGAUCCCUGACUAAUGCUGGACAUCAGCUCCAGUUGAGCCCCAAAUACAUAAGUGACGACGACUGCUCUAGUGCUACAUCGGGUUCAGCCGGAGCAAACAGCACCACUGGGGGUCCUCCAAGCUCCAAGGGCAACACACUGGAGAGAAGCCAAGGCUCCAGCUUAGACAUGCUGCUACAGGAGGUGCAGGACUUAAGGGACGGUCAGACAAAGCUUGAGGAAAGCCUGGAAAGUUUGAAGAGCAACUAUCAGAGAGACUACACAGUCGUUAUGCAAGCUCUGCAGGAGGAACGCUUCAGGUGUGAACGUUUGGAGGAACAGCUAAACGACCUGACAGAACUUCAUCAGAACGAGAUCCUCAACCUCAAACAGGAGCUGGCCAGCAUGGAGGAGAAAAUCGCCUAUCAGUCCCACGAGAGAGCCCGAGACAUCCAGGAGGCCCUGGAAGCCUGUCAGACCAGGAUCUUCAAGAUGGAGCUCCAGCAGCAGCAACAGCAGGUCGUCCAGUUGGAGGGGCUGGAAAAUGCCACAGCCCGGACCCUCUUGGGAAAACUUAUCAAUGUCCUGCUGGCACUUAUGGCCGUCCUUCUGGUUUUUGUCUCAACUGUGGCCAACUGUGUGGUCCCGCUGAUGAGGACACGCUCACGCUCCAUCUCCACUAUCCUCAUUGUUCUCCUGCUGGCCUUCCUGUGGAGAAACUGGGAUGCUCUGUCGGGGUACACGCACCGUGCUCUGCAGCCCCCCGGAUGACCAGAUCGCCGCAUCCUUUUGGUGUCGCCGGAUGAUAAGGCUGUCAUUGCAGUCAUGCAAGAGGUUUGGAGAAUGUGAUUACAUUGGCAUGGCUGUUUAGCCGUGCACUCUGAGCACAUUUGGACACAACCUGAAACCAAGAUGUAGAGGAAGAAUUAGAGUACAGCAGAGGACACUCGCACUGAGGAAGGAAAAGACUGUUUACAGUUCUGAAAUGAAACAACAUGGUGUUAUCCCUCACAGGAUGCAGCAUUGUACUGUUUUUAUCUUUUAGAGUUUAAUCAAUUAUAAUGUUUUUUUCUAAUAUUUUAUUUCUAUUGUUAUUUUAUUCAGUACCAUGUAGCAUUAUGACCCUCUCCCUCUACACAGUGGAGAGUUUAUUCUGGAAACUAGGCUGGCGACUCAGCCUAAAGGUCCAGUCUAAUUUUAUAGACAUAUGGGAAUGGGGCUGGGUGCUUUUAGGAGAAGAUGAGAAUUUUUACCUUUCUGUGAUUGGUAGAUUUGAACCAUGACUAUGAACUUUAAUGGGAGUCGGUCCAUUUUUCUUUUGAUGAACUGGUUCAGAAGGAGAAUUUUAAAGAACUGAAAGUGGGUUUUGUGUCAUGAUGACAUAAGAUGUUGUUUCUUUAGCAUUUCUAAUAGCACCUGCUUUUAAUUAGCUCCGGUUUUAAGUGAAGAGAACAUGAUUAAUGGAGGUUAUGAAUGACAGAUGAAGACUGUUAAAAAAGCCACAUAAAUGGAGAACAUCUUUUAAUUCUUAAGCAUCUGCCAUAUAUGAAACAUGGAAACAAAGCUGCUUGUUGUCAUUAGGAAAAUUACAUGCAAACCAGUUUUGCUACUAAAAGCAAUGAUGGAGGACUGUUGUACAUGUAAAAUCAAUUGCCAGGAUAAUUGCCUCCCACCUGCCAUAUUUGAUAUGAUCAGUUUAGGGAAAAGAGACCACUGGUGCUCAUCCAGCUCCGUCUCAGUUGGAUCAGGAAUGAUGCUGCCUAAUAUCCACAGUGCAAGUCAUCUCCACUGUCAUGCAUAUAAAUGCACACUGCCUGUAUUUAACACUGUACUAACACAUUCUCCUUGUAUCCUGUUUUUUUCUACAAGCACUAAUUCUGUAUAUGUAAACACCUAGUGCCAAACUUGAGUUAAAACAGGCAUGACUCUGAAGCAUACUGAAGGGUGACAUGAUUAAGAUAAUGCUGUGCACUUUUCACAUAUGUCAUGAAUGUAUGCUGCAUGGUCGUCAGGGAUGCGGCUUGUUGGGAGAUAUAGGACAACCGCUCACAAGAUUAUUAGCAUGAUCAUCAGAACUGUACAGCUGCACUUUAGCACUGCGUGGGACAGCACAUAGGUCAGGCUAAAUUUGAAUAAAGCUUUGAUAGAGACUUCACUCUCUAGUGGUAAAGUUGACUCGGGUCAGGAUCACCAUCAUCCUUACUCUGAAAGAAAACCAACUAACAGGAUUCAGAAGGUUUCGUGUCAAAAUCAAAGUAAACUCGACUCCCCUCAAGAUAAACAGACUUUAAAAAUAUAAGAUUUAUUUAUUCAUCUGUUUCUAUUUUGUGAUAAGAAGAGCAUUUGAGUUGAGUGAGUUGACCAUUAACCUUGCAUGACUUUUUCAGUAACACCUUUAAUGCAGGGUUGUGUGCUAAACCACUUCAGUGCCUUCUGAUGUCAUUUUCUAAGUGUGGAAUAAAUAAAGUGCAUUCCCAACUGA